CCUGUUUGUCUGUAGAGCCUAAACUAGACUUUAAGCUCGCUUUGCGCUCUCGUAAAUGAACAUUUCUAUUUGGCUGAGUCACACCUGUGACUGCGUUAUCAGUUUAAUUUAAUGCGAUAGCCAUACUUGACAAUCGCCUUUCAGUCAGUGUGUCGCUUAGCAACCACUUUGAUCAGCUAACAGUUCAAGAGGUGGAAGAAUAAUAUCUAAAAUUACGAAACAGCACUCUAUUUAAUGUCAUUCAUUACGAGUGCAAGAUUAAUGUAACAUCUUGUUCUGUUUCAAACAUCUGUAGCUGUUGGUUUAUUAAAGCAAAGCGACUCUAAAAGUAACGUUACGCCUCUUACUUAAAAAAAAAAUCGUUGUAAAUAAAGCUGUUUUGACUUUUCGGGUCUCGCCUAGUAGUUACAGUGAAACUCCGCUGCUGGCCAAUCAUUUCCCAGGAAAAUGUGACUGCUAGGAAUUCCCCACGCAUCAUCCCUGUAGGGGGAAAACUGCAACCUUGUGUCAGGCACACGGAGAGAGUAGUACAGGGUCGCUGGCCGGUGACUGUGCGAUGAUGUUCAUGUCUUCAACUCACAACAAAGAAGCUCCAGGGAUUGUUUUCUGAAAAUGUUAUGCGCUGUUACCAUCAUCCGCGAAGACCGCCGCCUCUGAAUAUGUUUUACUGAUGUCAACUUCUACGAGGGUGUAGAUGCUCCAGGCGCAGCGGGACUCAGCCUCUGUGUCAGAGAGGGACGAGGCUGCUUCCACCUGGGCCACCGCACGCCUCUGAAACCCAGCUCGUGGUCUCUCCCUGAGCCAACUUGCUGCUGCGGGCACUGACGGCGCUGCACAGCGAACCAGGAAGAGUCAGAUCUGUCAAGUGGAAGCCAUUUUGUGUGGUUACACUGAGGCGCUGCCACAUUUGCUGGCCUUGUCUGUGCAGAGAAGGAGCAGGAGUGUUUUGAAUCUCCUCCCUGCCCUCUGAACUCCAUUGCCAUGACGACUGCAGUGCAGCCCAGUGAACUGGUGUUUGAAUUCGCCAGCAACGGGAUGGACGAGAUCAAUCAGGCGUCUCUCUAUGUUCAGCUGGAUGACCCGUCAGUAUUCCCAGCAGUGAUUGUGGAGCAGGUGCCUGCAGCCGACCUGAUGCAGGUCUAUUCAGGCCUGGAGUCCGAUGAGGUUACCAACGGCAUCAUGGUGGACACCACUCUCCAUGUGGUGGAGGAGCCCAUCAUGGUGGGAGGGGUUGAUCUCUCAGUAGAAACAACACCCUCAGGCACAGAGGACAGCAUGGAGACCAAUGAGGCAGCAGCAGCCCUUCUUAACAUGGAGUCUCCAAACAACAUUUUGGAUGAGAAGCGCAUGAUUCACACCUAUGGCACUCUGCUGGAGUCAGAACUGAAUUACAUCCCUUUGAGACCUGACCAUAUGGACAGUGGUGGCCUUGAUGUAUCUCUGGAUGAUGACACCUCAUCUAUGGAUGAGGUUCCCCAAAAGUGUCCAUCCAAACCUCAGAAAAAAACCAAAGUGCGCAAGCCGCGAGUGGUGCGUCCCUGCUCCCCUAUCAGCACUCCCAGCCUGCCACUCAGGAAGAAGAGCAAGGAGGGCAAAGGCAACACCAUCUACCUAUGGGAGUUCCUCCUGGCUUUACUGCAAGAUAAAAACACCUGUCCCAAAUACAUCAAGUGGACACAACGGGAGAAGGGUAUCUUUAAGCUGGUAGACUCUAAAGCUGUGUCCAAACUGUGGGGCAAACACAAGAACAAGCCUGACAUGAACUACGAGACCAUGGGAAGAGCUCUCAGGUACUACUAUCAGAGAGGCAUCCUGGCUAAGGUGGAGGGGCAGCGGCUGGUCUACCAGUUCAAGGAGAUGCCAAGCGAUCUGGUGGUGAUUGAGGAUGAAGGUACAGCCUCUGAUGCCAAUUCUGGCUAUGGGAGCCAGAGAUCUGCCAGCAAUGGGCGGUCUAUGGUUCGUGGAGGGUCCAAAGGCCAUGGGAGGACUCAUGGUCAACAGCAUGUCUCGGUGAGACAGAUGAAGAAAGAGCCAAACGAUAAUGGUGUGUACCAGGAAGCACAUGGCGGACAGGCUGAGCAGCUCCCUCAGAACGUCCAUAUGUUGCAGCCCAACCAGGGGACAGCCAUUUCAGCUCCAGCACAAUCUGUGAGGACCAUCAAUGCUCCUACAUCAGUUCCCAUGGUCCUAACAUCCCCCAGCUCACUCCAGUCUGUGCCCCUCACCACUGUUCUGGCCAACGGGGACUCCAGCCACUCCUCUCCUCCUCGGGUAAUACUCCACACCUUACCCUCUACCACAGGAGGUGGCAAGGAUUUGCUUACCAUCCAGGCAGCCUCUCUAGCUACUGGGGCCAGCAACCUCCAGGACAGCCUUCGCCAGCAGCUCCUGGUCACCAGCCUGGGCUCCUCCACCGCCUCCUCCCUCUCUUCGUGCACCUCCCCUACGGGAGUCAUCAGCUCCACGGCUUCCAGUCUUAAUGGUCUCCCCCGCCUGGUUACCCUCAACACAACCAGUGGGCAGACCAUGGUGGCACAGCAGCCUGGUACCGUAAUUGCCACUGUGCUCAAGUCCAGCGACCUCCAUGGGCUGCAGGUCAAAGAGGAGAUCCUGGACCCCAACUACUUCCAGUCAUUGGUCAAUAGUGAUCCAUCACUGAUGGCUAAUACCUUUGCAAAAGAAGAGAUGGAGGCAGGAGAAGCAGAGCUGAAUUAUAGGACUGUUAUCAUUGACACCAGUCAAAGUCAGGGGCAGGAAUCUGGCGGCGAAACCACAGUUAAUGGACACUUUUCCCAGAGUAGCAGCCCCAGUGAGGGCCUCACCCCUGUGGAGGAGCUGGAGGUGCGUGGGGAAAUGUCCCUGCAGCCUGAGCAGGGAGUCAAGGGCCUGCAGGAGCUGCCACUGUCUGUCCAACUCCCUGUAAACUUUAUCCAGAUAAAGACAGAGCCCACAGAAGUAUAGGGCUACAGGACUCUCCGAUACUGGGUUAAAUGAAAACAGCAAUUGAAUAAUUUUUCAUAACAGACUUUCGUUUUCCUACCAUAAUUAUCUGAUCAAAGAUCAGAGCAAGGGAUAUUGCAGUGUGUUGCUCUUAAAGGGUGGUCAAUUUGGCCUCAGAAUUUUUUGUUUACUCACAAAUUUUGUGACUAUGUGCCUAAUUUUGAACAUUAAGGGAGCAUUCAGUUUUUCAGAAAUGUUAUUAGUCAGAACUGGGAUUAUCUUCUGUAGACACAGCCCUCACCACACACACACACACACACACACACAAACACACGCACGCACACGCGUGCGCACGCAUGCACACACACACACACACACACACACACACACAUACAAAUCGUACCCUCUAGGAAAACAGCCAUUAGAAUUACCAGGGAUCCCUGUACCAAAUGUGCCAGUUAGACUAGUAAUUUUCUUAUCUGCAGAUCUCACUGGACUGGUAGCGAUGCUCACAGAGACUAUUGCUCCAAAUCGGACAAUGCGACAAACCAAAAACAGCCAAAUGGUGCAGUGAAAUGAGACUUGAGAUAACGUGUGUGGUUUUUCCUUUCUUUAUUUUUUUUAACCACACACCAGUUUGCCUUCCCAGGCAUGAGGGAUGGAUGCAAUGUCAGAGUUUAACUGAAGAGUGCCUUACAGGAAGUUCAAACAGCUCGAGACUCUUUCUUGGAAAUGUCUGGGAAAGCAUAAAAUGGACUGAUGAUUUUUCAUACUCUUUGAUUUUUGAGACCUUAUUACUCCUUUAUUUUCAUAUAGACAAAAAGGUAUGCAUUUCCUUCUAUUACUCCCGGCCUUAAAACACUGUGUUACUAUGGAAAUGGGCAUUUUCUGUCUACCAAGGACAGUCCAAUAUCAGACCUGUUUGUAUAUAGCUGCAGACCUGAGGCAGAGCAAGAUAGAGAGGGAGGAAUGGAGAGAGAAAGAGAAUACACAGGAUGAAAUAGAUUGUAUCAGCCUCUGCUACAGAGGCUUGUAUCUUCGAGGUUUAAAUCCUGUUUUAUAUGAAAUGGAAUAUAUAUAUGAAUAUAUAUAUAUAUAUAUAUAUACAUAUAAUAUACAAUUGAGAUUCAAUUUUAAGGCCGCAAUGAAUUUAUUUAUUUUGUGAAUUUCUAAAUUCUGUAUAAAAAAGGCACAUUUGUUUUUCUUUUUAAUAUGUAAACGAGGGAAUAUUUCAAAGAAUAUGAAAAUAAUACCAGGAAACUUAUUUGGUAGGUUUUUUUUAAGACCAACAUUUUUUUUUUUCAUUUGUAAAGCAUUCCAUAUAUUAAAAUUUGGUAUUUCCACAGUUUUUGGACUCAAGUGCUCAGUGCAGCAUCAUUAUCAUAUUAUUAUCCUUGUAGAUAUCUUCCGUUGUGUGUCGGAUUUAAAUUUGUAUUACAUGUGCUUUGAAUCUGUUUUCAGCGGACAUACCUCUUUACCCUUUUCAACAGUCCAGCAGAAGGGGCUAUGCAGCAAAAUAUGUCCUGUUGUGCUUUAUAGCCCUUCAAUUAUCAGUAUCUACAGUGUCAAUCAGCAUCUGCUUGAAAUCAGAUCUUAACUCUGUUUGGUUAUUUCUUUAUUUGGUAUAAUGACUCAUCAAUGCUGUUUUCUAUGAUGCAUUUGCAAUUCUGGUGCUCUCCUCUCCUCUCCUGCUCUUUGGCCAGUUGAGUCUGGGCUUUCUUUAUUUCUUUGUCCCACUUUGUUAAGGACCUCUCAGGCUAGACGUCUGAUUGGCCCUGAAGUCCUACUGGAGCUGAAGCCAUAUUGAUCGUGAGUGCUAUCAUGGCUAAAUUGGUUGUAUUUUCACCGGGGCUGGAGCUGCAGAGUGAGGACAGUCAGACACGCUGACCUCCAUCUGCCCUAGCACCUGAGGACAGGAGUUAAAACAUAAUUCUGGGUGUUUUCAACCUGGACCUUAUUUUCCUAGCUUUAGCCAUCAUGACAAUUGAUUUUGUUCAAUAUUUUGUCACUUACUUUGCCGUAGAACUUUAAAUAUCCUCAGUUCAUGAACACACUGCUCUCCAAUACACACUCAAAGGGCAAAGCAAGAUCCAGCACUCGACAAUAGCACUCAGAUAAACUAUUGCGUUAUUGCCCUUUCUACACAAUAACCUUUAUCAUUAUUUAAAGCUCAGAGGAACACUGAAGGUUUAGGCUCCUAUUUUCAGUGUUUUGCCGAGAUUACAGUGGAAAAAAGUCAGCAUAAACACACGGCAGUAACAGGUCUUGAAAUAGCUUUGAUUGAACAAUUAUCAUGACAUUUAAGUAAUAACUGUCCAUUUGAUACUUUAUAGUGUUGCUCACCUGCUUCUGUAUUUCCUUAGUUGGUCUUCCGCCGUUCUGAUGUGUUUUAAUCGCUUUUUGGUCAACUGUUGCCGCUUGCUUUGGCCUUUGAGUGUGUAAUGGAGAGUUUGCACUUAAGCAACAUAAAGCUCUACACUGAAGUAAUAUGACAAAAUUUUAAAUACAUUAAAUGCUCAUGUUCAUUGGAAAAAAAAAAAAAAAACAACAACUUGGAAAAUAAAGAAAAUAAAGCCCAGGUUGAAAAUAACCAGGAUUAUCCUUUAAAUGUC